GCAAAUCCUCACCAACCAGCUGUUCGAAAAAGCUCGCUCCGCGUACGACUCCGACACAGAGUCCGACCCUGUCUUUAUAACACAAUCGCUGAUCAUAUUCAGCUGUCACGCACCAUACUACUCCGACAAGGAUUCUAUUUACUGGGCCCAAUUGGCCCUCUUCACAGCCGAAAGAUACGACUUCAGCACCUCCAGCUCGUCAGAGCUCAGGGUGAUCUGGUGGAUCGCCUAUAUUCAACACCAUUUGUUACAUUUGGCCCAGGUAAGCAUGCCAACCAUCAGGGACGUUCCGCCUGUUACUAGACACGAUCUGAUCAAUCACGGUCUCGACGAAGCACAGUGCGACUACAUCCUGCUAAUGAUGGACAUGUGUUCGGUGCACAACAACAUCUGGAAAGUACCUGUCACGGUUAAUACAGCUUUAGACACCGAUAGAUUAUGGUUCGAGUGGUUGAACCGGAUGCCAAUGAGUUUGCGGUACAGAGCAACUACUGUUUCGUCCAAGAACUUACUGGGGUUAUUGGUGAAUCUGAUUCUUCAAACGUUCCUAAUCAUCAAUCACAAGGCCAACAUCAAGAGGAUGCACCAAACGGGUCAACUUUCGGUUGAAUAUUUCCCGUCCUGGGCCAUCACCAUAAAAAGUUCAUUUUUAAUUAGCAAGAUUGUUGGAGAAUUAAUAGAGCUGAACGAGUUCCAUUACGCUUUUGAGAUUCUGCCAAAUCUCAUCUACAUUGCCUGUUUAGGAUUUCUUGACCAUACAAACAACAAGGAUGUCCGACUGAAAUCUCUUGCUGUGGACCACAUUACUUCAAAUCUGGAGCACUUUGAUAAUUUGUGCUGGAAAUGGCCGGUUGCAAGACAACUCAAGUACCAGGUCCGGAGACGGAUGGAGUUGGAGUACACUCCAAUGGUUUUCACCAUCACAUCGAACCCGAGAACAACCUUUGAGUACCUACAGUUGUACCAUUGCAUGGUGUCCAGAUCGCGAACCUCCAUCAACAGUCUCAUCGAGUCUCAAGAAACAGAGACCGACGACUUUGGGUAUCUUGCUCGUCUUUUCGAGCAAAACGACGCGUUCUGGGUCCCUGAGUUUGAACAAAAAGUUGGCAAGCCAGCCCUUGUUGAUGUUCAUGCUUCUAUUCAUCAUCUGCAAUACAUUUUUCUGUGA